AAACAAAAAUAUCUAAAUGUAAGCCGAGCAAAGCAAAACAAAGUGAAAAUGACUAUUUUAUAUAAAGUUGAGAGCAAGGAAUUCAGCAAGGACAGCGUGUACCCGCACAAAGUUGUCCUGUGCUCAGUAUCGCCCAGGAAUAUUGUUGCUUUCAGCGUUCUCCAAAGUGUGGGUGUAGCUAACACAGACGCCGCACUAGGUGAUUCCGAGGACUCAACAACGGGAACUAGCACAGGCAACAGCCAUGUCUACGUAUGCGACAUAGUCACACCAUGGGAACACUUUAAAGUUUGCUCCUCCAGGUCCCUGAUCUCUGUGCUAGAAUGGAGCCCCAAUGGAGAGCAAUUGCUGCUGGGCUUCAUGGGCGGACGCUUGGAGAUUUGGCAGCCACGCAAUCAGAAUAUCAAUCUUUGGCAAUUGCAGUUUUAUGCCAUUUUGCCCAGCGAGGACAUCAUUGCGGCGAAAUUCUUUCACAAUGCCAAGGAAUUUCUAUUUAAUCCACAAAAGAAAGAUCACACUUAUUAUACGGAUAAGUUUGAACGAUUGGAGCAGAGGCCCACGCUUUGUGGCUUUGGUGGAGUGGCUGGCGAAGGAGGCAUCAUGCUAACAUCGUCUGGAUUGCUAGCCGCCUUUACUCUGCCCAUCGUUCAGGCAGGGAAUGACAGUUCGUUUGGGAUAACACCGGCUGAAAAGUUGCCCCUCAUCACCCACAGCUUGGGCAUCUCGAGAAGCUACAUAGAACACUGCACCAUGCAGCACAGGCUAGCUGGUGGACUCCAUGUGGCCUUUACUUGCGGCUGGCAACAGCAGCUCGUACAAUGCUAUCACAUUCUUCUCUCCCUGGACGGUGAUCUUGGCCUCGAACAACAUCUGGCACUGAAAUCCGAAUCGCAGGCCUGCAUUUUCCUUAAUCCUCUCGAAGGCAAGCAGAUCCGUAGUCUGAAACGUGCGCGUAUAGCUCAAGAGGAGAUAAUCUUCAUUGUCUACGAUUGCCCGGACGGAGGUGGCCUGAUUGAACAAUGGUCAUUGACCCAUCGCCAGCAUACAGUCCAUGCUUUGCUCCAACAGGGUGGAGGACCAGGUAAACCGAAUGAUUUCGUUCACACCGAGAGUUGGGAACAAAAGGCCAAGAUACAUUUAAAUGCCCGUGUCGCUGAUCUCUGUGUUAGCCGUCUCAUAACCAACUCCCUGGAGUGUUCACAAGUCUACGCCAUACUCCAGGAUAGCACGGUGCAUAUCCUGGAGGCGAAUACACUGAAGCAACUCAGUUUAACGCAAUUCGAUCGUCCUGUGGAAUCUUCCAGCGAAGUGAAAUUUACCAGUGGCGAUCUCACUCCAACCAGCCAAAUGCUCCUAAUCUUCGAUAGCCAUGCUCAACUGCAUGCCAUGCAGACGCCUCUACUGAAGCAGGGAGGAGCUGGUUUCCUAUUGCUUCUGCUGGAGUAUUGCAUCAUAUCGGGCUUGGAUGCCAGCGAUGUUCUCCUUCUGAAUCAUUCGGCUGGUGUCAAUCUUUUGGAUAGUUUGGUAGAGAAACUCACGGACAAUUUCACCCGGCAACCAUCGUAUGUGAGGCACUUUUACUAUGCCAAUUUCCUGGCCCUCAAGAGUCACUUGUGUCGGGUGCAACAGCAGCAGCAACAGCAACAACAAACCCAGCAACCUGGUCAGGAGCAGGAAUUCAAUAAUCUUAUCAUACUCCAUGCCAUAUCGACCACAUUCAAGAGUCUGUUGCGUCCCUCCGAUUUAGGCUGCCAAGACAAAGGACCAGCUGAUAAUUUGGCCAUGAAAUUGGCCGAAUCUAUACCGGAUGUGGAUACCGUAAUGCUGAAUCUCGAUGCCAAGGAUUUCACGGUGGAGCCCAUGAUGCUCCAGAGUCUACAGCAGCUUAUUCAAUGGGUUACCGACCUGGCCCUCAAUAUGCUGCAUCGCCUGCCCGAGGAAGUGAUGAAGUGUAAACUCUCCGGAAAGCGUCCCAGUUAUGAUAUCAGCCGAGAUAUUGUAGCUAUCGGAAGUUUGAGAGAGCUUCUGGUCAUGAUACGCAUCUGGGGAUUACUGAAAACCGAAUGCCUGCCCAUCUACACCAAAACCAUGGAUAACAUUGAUGUCCUGGCCGUUCUCUUUCGCUUGCUGACCCGCCUGGCCCAGAACACCGCCGAACCGGAUGAUAUGCUUCUGGAUGAGUGCAGUCUGUUAUCCAAGCAGUUAUUAAUUCCACAAAAUAUUAAAUUUACACCCACCACUCUGUUGAGUGCUCAGGGAUUGGCUGCCUUGAGAGCUUCCAGUCAUCCGUUGAUGUUCUCGUCUCUGGUGGAGCCGGCCAGCCUGCAGGACAUUGAAAUGGAAGAAGUUGUCUUUGCCAGAUCCAUUAAAGAUGGCGUGAGUAACCUUCAGUUGGGCUCCCAUCCCAACACCAUCAGACGCUGUGCCCGUUGUGGUUUCGUCUUUGUCAACAGCGCCAGCAAAGUGGCCAAGACAUCCGCCCUGAAGGCCUGGUUUAACAAAUGGCUGCAUUGCCAUUGUGGAGGCUUCUGGAAGCAAAUUAAUUAAAUCCGUUCACACUUACCAUCUACAGUAUUCUUAAGUUUAUAUGUAAUAAAGAAGACAAAAAACUUGAUAUAUUUAAUUAA